ACUCGGCGGCCGGCCGGCAGUGUCGCGCGACACCUCGACCGUAUUGUUGCAUCCCCGUGUGUGUAUGUGUGUGCGCGGAGGAGUACGGGAGUGACACGCGCGCGUGUUUGCGUCGAGAGAGACCGGCUCUCGGUCUCGAUCAACAGAAUCGAGUUGAUCGCCGAGCCGUCGUAUAAUCCGAACAGUUAACGAGGGCGGAUUAUUAAAUGCGGAAGUGGACAGGUUCGCGCGCGUGCCUGUCCGUCGUGUACUCGUAUGUCUCUCUUCGACAAUAGUUCGACAAUAGUUCGACAAUAGAUGACAAUGGACGAUAAGCGUGAUUGUUAAAUACGCGAUAUACGACGCGUUUCGCGUAAACGCGAUCGUCGUUCGCGAUGACUCUGUCGUAACGGAAAGGAUUCUCCAGUCGUGAAAAGAAUCACGUGAUCGGUGUCACUCGCGUGCAACUUCACGUUGUUCGACGCUCCAACCGACGAUCGCGACGAUCGGAAACGGCGGAAAGGAUCUCGUCCGGAGUAUUCGACGUAGAGGAUCCCCCGAGUGAGUUUACCUCCGCGAUUCAGGUGGGAAACGUGCACGCGGAUGCCGGCGAAACGUCGCGGUUCGAUUCGCCGAACGGCGGCGCGCGCGCACGCCGUUACAUUUUGAGAAUUUCGAAAGUUCGUCCCGCGAAGUGAUUCGCCGUGUGUCGCUCGAGACCGCGGAUUCCCGUGUGCUCCCAGGACCAGCCGUAGUUCCGCCGAGUAUGUGUGCCGCGGUGAUGGGAUUCUCGUGCCUCCUCGUGCCCGCCCGCGCCUACAAUUGACUGUUCUGUGCAUUGUCUUCGUGCGUUGUUUUCGCCGUGGGACAACAUGGCACGCGGGACUCGCCGCCAAUUAUGCACGCUGCUCUUCCUCCUCCUCCUCGCGGACAUCUUGAAAGGUGGAAAUGGUGAUGUCGAGGAUUCGGCGGAUACCGACGUGCAAGACUACAGCACGGACGAGGACUACAACGAUGUUUUUGACUCGACCACGAACGGGACCGACGUGGACGCUGCAUCCGGCACGAAAAGUGGUACUUUAAAAUUCGUAAGAACUCUGACAAACAUUUCGAAGGAUGCCGGCGGCGUUGCUCAUAUGCGAUGCGAAGUCGUGGGCGAUCCUCCUCCAACAAAGAUACGAUGGUACAAGAAUGAAGCGCCAUUAGAAGAGAACCGACCGAAAAUCACCAUUAGGAAAAUACACGCACAAAUGCAUGAACAUGCGGCGAAGAACUUGGCAGGAAGUCGAUUAAAAAUCACAAAUUUGGACGUUUCUGAUAUUGGUUUUUAUACUUGUCGCGUUACCAACGGUAAAGAUCAAAUCCAGAGUGAAGGAACCUUGCGAGUUGAUUCUUCAAAGAAAUGGCCGGCUCCUGUGCACCCGGAACAUCCUAUGGGACAGCCGGGCGACAGAUUUUCCACUGGGAUGUCCGGGCCAGGCUUCAUCGACGGCAUGGGACAUGGAGACAUGUUGGAUAUCUCAGGAAGUGGAAUGUCUACGCCUCACAUCUCUCACUUGGCGUCCGUGAAUCCAUUUAAUGUACUUUCGCCGAGUCCACAGCCAACCAGCUCACAAUCCAGCACCAUGGAUUUUCAUACAAUCAGCGGCCUUACUAAUGGCAAUAUACAAUUCCCUCCUAAUGUGAAUUUUGAUGAGAUGUCGAGCAUAAGUUCAGUUCCAGGUAGAAAAGACAAUCAUAAAGGAACCUGCGAGGUGUAUAUAGGAAAAACCUGUGCACAGUUUGUAGGAAAUCGGUCGGUUUAUAUUAUAUAUCCCAUGACACAGAAAAUGCUUGAGGAGAAGCUAAUGAAAGCUUUUCAAGUUAUCAAUUUUUCAAACGAACUCUCGUCGAACUGCGAAGGAUAUGCGAAGCCGUCCCUUUGCUACUCCGCCUUUCCAAUAUGCCGCGAUCCAUCUAACGCUCAGAAACCGAAGAACGCGGAAGCGAGCACACAGCUUUUCAAUCUUCUGAAUUCCAAGCAAGAUGACUUCUUAGACGACGGAGAUCACGACGACACGGAUGAUUUUUCGAAGCUACACAACGUUCCUAAACGUAGUCCCACCUUAGGUCCAGUUUUCGACUUUGUUCCUAACGAAGAUGGGAAGUCGAGCAAUAAGAAGAUAAUUAAUCAGAGUUACGGCGACACGCGAGCGUCUAGCAGAAACGAGAUUAAUCGCAAACUACGAAGGAUAUGUCGAGAAGAGUGCGAAAUGCUAGAGAAUGAAUUGUGUAGAAAGGAGUACGCGAUAGCAAAGAGGCAUCCGUUAAUUGGACAUCAAGUGCCUUUGGUCGAAUGUUCCGACUUACCAUUGGAAGGAACAACUGAAGCUCGCGAUUGCUUAACGCUCGGAUUGUCGGUAGCAAACAAUGUGCAAGAAAAUGAUUAUUGCUAUUGGGGUAGUGGAAAAUCCUAUCGAGGAACUGUGAAAACGAGUGUUAGUGGAAGGCCAUGUUUACGAUGGUCCCAUCAUUUCAAUCUUCCAAUUUCCGAUUAUCCCGAAUUAGCUGGACGUCAUUCUUAUUGUCGGAAUCCCGGUGGCAAAGAAAUUCAACCAUGGUGUUACGUCGAUGUCAAUAACAGAAUGCAAAAGGAGUUUUGCAAUAUACCUAAAUGUGUUGAGAAUUUAUGGAUAUACGCGGUCGUUGGUUUUGUGCUAACGGGAGGAUUUGUUAUUAUAUUAAUUUGUUAUUGCUGCUGCUACAGAAGUAGGAAAUCCAGAAGACAAAUGAAUCACUUACCAUCCAAUAAAAUGUUAACAAGCAUUCAGUGUGAUAAAAACAUAUACGAUGGAAGGAGGAGCACAACACAACCCAUGGAAAUGAGUUCUCUCUUAGCAGGACCUGGUAAUACGACGCCGGGUACUGGCACCUUGAGCAGUGGUAGUAGUAGAACUUCUAAUAAUAGGAUACCGCAAUUUACCACAAAUAAUAUUGUGCUCUUGCAAGAACUUGGUGAAGGCGCCUUCGGAAAAGUUUAUAAGGGCGAAUUGCAAACCGGAAAUAAAUGUGAGCCACCUAUUUAUGUAGCGGUAAAAACAUUGAAGGAAAAUGCGACUCCUAAAACUCAAAACGAUUUUAAAAGAGAAGUUGAAUUGAUGACGGAUUUACGGCAUCCAAAUAUCAUUUGUUUGCUCGGUGUAAUAUUGAAAGGGGAACCAAUGUGUAUGCUCUUUGAAUACAUGACUCAGGGAGAUCUGCAUGAAUUUCUAAUCUGUCAUUCUCCGAGAUCAGAUGUUCCGUUAAAUAAUAGUGGCGGAAAAAUUUUAGAGCAACCAGAGUUUUUGCAUAUUGCUUUACAAAUUGCUUCCGGCAUGGAAUACUUAGCCAGUCAUCAUUACGUCCAUCGUGAUUUGGCAGCGAGAAAUUGUCUAGUUGGCGACAAUCUAACAGUAAAAAUCUCAGAUUUCGGGCUAUCGCGCGAUAUAUACAGCAGCGACUACUACAGAGUACAAUCCAAAAGUUUACUUCCUGUUCGAUGGAUGCCACCGGAGUCAAUUCUUUAUGGUAAAUUCACCACCGAGUCGGAUGUAUGGAGUUUCGGAGUUGUUCUCUGGGAAAUCUACAGUUACGGUUUACAGCCAUAUUACGGAUACAACAAUCAGGAAGUAAUAGACAUGAUUCGUUCACGGCAACUAUUGCCAUGUCCCGAAGAUUGUCCGACGAUGAUUUACAGUUUGAUGAUAGAGUGCUGGCACGAGGUAGCAAAUCGUAGGCCACAAUUUCCGGAAAUCCAUCAUCGACUGCAUAAUUGGUACAUAAAUCAAACUUAUUUGAGUGACUUCUGCAACGAGUCCAUCACCAGUUACUCCGGCAGUAGUCACAAGAGCACAAACAAGACUAAUUCGACGCAACUAUCAGCGCCGAUAUAUAAAAGCGAUCAGAAAACAGGCACAGAGUCGAUGAACGUGUGUAAUCUUAACGAUCACAAUAACGCGAUAAAAAUGCCACCAACAAGUACUUUCCCAAAUUCUAAUUGCGUUGAGCAGAGAUCAAAUUGCGUUUUCAACACGGAGCAUGGAACGCCGAUAAAAACGUCUAGUUACCAAAAUCCUGGUACAAACGUCAAUCUGAACGACAUUUAUGAUGAUAAACAGUGUUGCUCGCCCAAGUUGAGUGGUGCGAAAAAAGUUUUACCCACGGUAGUACCUCAGACGAGUGUUCCCAAACCAAACGUGCCCAGCAACGGCCCAAGACCGAUGCAGAACGGUGCACAAUUGGUCGUUAGGUUACCGGAUCCCAGUAAAGUUACAACUGAAACGAGGGUAUCAAAGUGAAUUACUUUAUUGAUGAAACACUUUUGAUUUUUAACGGGAACAUUAGUUUCUUAUCACUGACGCUCUCAAAGGAUUUGAAUUUGACAAACUAUAUAUAGGUUACCAUCAAGGCAGACACUUUUAUUAAAAAGGAGAGAAAAAAGAAGUUAAUCACAAAUGCAUACAUUCUGCGUAUAUUUAUUGUAAUGAUUUAUCAGCGUUGAUAAAAACAUGUUUUUUUUUAUUCUCACUAUACUAUCAGAAAUAUUUUUUUUCGUAUAAACAAAAAUAUGAUAAAUACUGAGAGCUAUAAUAACUAAUCAUUGCCAUAUAUAUAUAUGUAUUUAUUUUUACAAAUAUACACGUAUUUUAUAUUUCCUCUUAUUUUAAAGAACGUAUGUUUUCUCAUGAUUAUCAGAUGAUUUUUUUUAAUGGUAUCGAACACGCAACAUAGAUACACAGAGUAGUUACAAUACUUAAUCACUGCCAUAUAUAUGCAUUUAUUUAUUGUUAUAAAUAUACACGUAUUUUAUAAUAUAUAAUAUUAUCGUUUAUUUUGUGGAUGGUAUAUAUACAUAUAUAUCUGUAAUGUUUUAUAUCUAAUUUAAUAUGAUCUAGUUUAAUAUAUAUGUGGGACAUAGAAUCGGAUAUCGUGCUCUAUGAUUCCAUUUGUGACUAUAAUAAUGCAACAUAAUAGAACAAAAUUUUUUAAAUAUGCUUUUAUUUUUACGAGAAGAUAGCUUUUCCAUUGAAACAUUAUGCUACCGAAUAUAUGUAUAAUUUAUAUGUUUAUUCGUAAGAUAUGUAAGAUGAAUGAGAGAAUUCUAUUUCACACAAAAGAAAAAUACAUUCUCUUUUCAUGCAAUAUCAACGAAUGUUGAUAUCUACAAGGAUACUAAAACGAAUGUUUAACUAUGUGCAUGCUCUGUCUAAAGAGUAUAAUAUUGUAUGGAAUAUUGUUAUGCUCUAUAUAAGGCAUACUCCUUAUAAAUCAUGUUUUCAAAUAAUCUUUACAGAACUGUUCAAAAUGAUUCGUAUAUGCGGGCAAUCGGAUAUAUAUUGUAAUAAGCAAAAAUGAGAAAAAAGAAGAAAGAGCGACAGAAAAAGUGUGUAUGUGCGUAUGCAUGUAUGUAUGUGUUGUGAAUAUAUAUGAAAAUGUUUUCUAAAAAGCAAUUUUUAUAAUCAUCAUAUCGUAUGCCAAAAUCCGGAUAGCGAAUAUUGAUUGUUAAUAAGAAGAUAUUCAAUUUGUACAUUUUUAUAAUAAUCGCAUAUAUAUCUGUAAAUCUUUGAGGUCACUCUUUUACCCCAAAAUGUAAUUUAUUGUUGCAGUUGCAGUAUAUGAAUUAAUUAGAAUAUGUUCUAUAUCGAGGUGCGAAAAAAUAAAAUCCAAUGAAAAAUAUAAAAAUAAAUUUAUAGCAUUUAUAGGUUUCAUGUGUGAAGCGUGCAUUGUCAAUAUUCAUAAAUUUUUUAUGUAAUUGUAUCAUAAUUAAUAAGACAUAAUUUAUAUAAAAAUUUUGUUCAAUACUAUACUCUUUCAGCCACGUACUCAGUAUUUUUUGACCUCAAAGACGCAAGCGACUGAGAUUUAAUAUCCACGAAUACUCCACUCAGCGAUGUUAAAUGGAAAAUUUUAUCAGCGUUCGUGUAUAAAAAUUUUAUGUUAUUCAUGUAUAAGGCGUAUAAUAUACAUUUAUAACAGGCGCUAAAAUACUCGAUUUGAUACUUGGAUCGUGCAACACCCGAUGAUAAACUUUGCAAAAUUAAUACUUGAUCAAGGUAGUGAAUAUUAGCGCAGAGAGAUUAGAGAAUGAAAACGUAGAAUCUAAGCACUCAAGGAGAGAGACUGUAUUAUACUUUUUAUAAUUUUGUAUUAAUGAAAAAGAAAAACAUGUUCCAUUUGUUGGACAAAAAAAGAAGAAAACUGGACUUAACGACAUCGUCCAGUGACUUUUAUUCCUACGCCCGUUUAUCAGAUGGAUAAUGAUCGGAGAGUGCGUGAAAGUGCUAUUGAGUUAAAUAAGACUUUUAGAACUGACAAACCUCCGAAUUGAAAUUUAUAUCGACUAUAAUCACAACCGUUUCGAAGGUUUGUCACGGAAACUUAGACUAAGUUAAUUUAUGUAAACUUCAGCGAAUAAUUAUACACAUUUAAGACCUUUAUAUAUUCAGUCAAAUAUAAUAUACAAUUCAUGUUUUUUGUA